UAAACAUAAAAAUGUAGCCACAAUAAUUUUUGGAUUUGGUACAAUGUGCUUUCUUUGAGAGCAAUGCUCAAAGAAGUUCAGCAGAACAAGUUCUUUUGAAAUACAAAGAUGAAUGUCCUGAUGAAUUCAUGAAUUUUUGUGCUUAAGCAUUUUCAAAUCGCGGGAUUUAAAAUCGAAUAAGAGUUGCUUGUAGUACUUUAGUAAAACGACUAGUCGGAUUGAUUGUAUUAAUCUUGUAUAUGAUAGCAUCCACUAUCUAAUUAAAUUUUUUGGUUGGCAUGUUCUUAAAAAACAAAGAAUGAUGUAAAACUUAAGUUCAUGGAAUAAUUGAUUGAUCCUGAAAAUGAAAUUAGAAGAUCGGCAGCAAAUGUUAAUUUAUUAAUCUAUUAAUUAGACUAUUAGUGAAAUAUGUGCAAUUGAAUUACCUAGAUAAGAAUGGCCAGAUUUAAUUUCUAGACUUACAACAAAUUCAAAACAUACAGAUAAUUUGAUUAAAGUAUCAGCCAUCAUGACAUUAGGUUAUAUUUGUGAAGCAUUAGUAUGAAUUGUAAUAAUUUAGAAAACUCAUUAAUCAUCAGGGAUAUCUGAAUAAGACUCAAAAGUUAUUCUAAUGGGAAUUUGUGUAGGAAUGGAUUUAAAUGAAUAGACUCUAGAAAUUAGAUUAACAGCAAUCAAAGCUUUAUAGGAUUCUUUAUAUUUUAUGAACAACUUGUUUAAAUAAUAAGUAUUUUCAUAAAUUUUAAAUUUUAGGAAAUCUUUACAUAUGUUAAAAAUCUGAUCUUAUCUAAUGCAGUAUGUAGUAUUUAGGAAGUAAAACAUAAAGCACUUUAAUGUUUGAUUGAUUUUGUGAAGCAGCUAUUUACAUUUUUACCUGUUUUCAUAAAUGAAUUAUAUUAAGCUACAUAAACAUCAUUUGAAAAUUAAGGUGAGUUAUCAAUAGCAGCUAUUGAAAUUUGGAAUACUAUAUGUGCAGAAAUGAAAGAAGAAAGAACGUAGAAUGGAAAUCAAUAAACACCAGGAAGUAAUGCAACAGAUUGUUGUGAGUAAUUUUUUAAGAAGAAUUAUGAAGGAUUUAUAUUACCAUUCAUGAGAAAUCUUUUAUUAGAUAGUGGAGAUGUAGAUGAUGAAUAUUAAGGUUUAUCAGUUCCUGAUUCCUCUUGUAAAGGUUUAGCAUUUAUAAUUGAAUUUGCUGGUGUUAAUACUUAUGAAUUAGUUAAGAAUUUUAUUUAAAACACUAUUACACAUUAAUAAUGGGAAUAUAGAAAGGCUAGUGUAAUGGCUUUUGGAGCUUUGGCUGAAGUCUAUACUGAAGAAAUAGAAUUACUUAUUAAAUCUGCUUUAAGUAGUCUUUUUACUUGUUUGAUUGAUCAACACUUUAAAGUCAAGAAAGCUACUGCUUAAACAUUAAGUAGAGUAGCUGAAAAUUAUCCUUAGUGUUUUCAUGAACAUGAUUAAGCAAAUCAUAUGUUAGCAACUUUAUUAGAUUAAUUGAAUAAUAAAAUUUCUAUUGUUUAACAUUUAAUUUGGGUAUUUGUUUAUCUUACUGAAUAAUUGCAAAAAUUCCCAAAUAGUAUAUUUACUAGAGAAAAAUUUACUAUUUUGUAACAUUUAGCAAGCACUUCUGUAAGAGCAGAUAUCAAGAAUCCAGAAAUAGCUUUAAUUGAUACAGCUUUCAUGGCUAUUCUUAAUAUUAUUUAUAGUGUUACAGAUACAAAAUUAUGUAAUGAUUAUUUACUACAAUUUUUUUAAUAAAUUUAAUUAUUAGAAAGUGGAAGUAAUUAAGUACCAGCUGAAAUUAAGUAUCAUUUAGAAAUGGGAUUAAUGAGUGCUAUGCAUGGUUGUGUUGUAAGAUUAGAUGAUUCAACUACUCCAGAAUCAGUGUUUGAAUCAAUCAUGAAAACAUUAUCAAAUGUUGAUUCUAGAGUUAAAAAUGAUUACUUUUAUGUUCUUUCUGGAAUAGCAUAUGCAUUUAAAAAGAAAUUAUCUAAAUAUUCAUCUUAAUUGAUAUCAGAAUUAAAUAAACCUCUUUCAGAACCAGAUGAUAUGGAAAGCUUUAAAACUGCACUGUUUUGUUUAGCUGAUAUUGCAAGAGCUAUGGAAGAAGAGUUUGUACCUUAUAUGAAUAUUUUAAAUUAUUUCUUUGGUCUAAUUAAAGUAAUAAGUAUAAUAGAUUUAGAAUCCUAAUUUCAAUAGGGAAUUAAAAUUACAAGUUUAUAAUGCGAUUGCAGAUAUAAUUUUAGGAUUAAAAGAGAAGUCUUUUUAAUUCUUGGGGGAUCUUAAAGAGAUUCUUAAAUUAGGAUUUGCUGCUAGUAUGGAUUUGACAAAAAGCACUUAGAAUGUUGAUUAAGAUUAUGCAGAAAGAUUAAAAGAAACAAUGACUUCAUUUUAUACUUGUAUUUUACAUGCUUAUUGUGAACCUAAUGUAUAAAAUUUUGAACUUAGAGAUACAGUAGAAUGGUUCAUAAUAUUUUGUACAGAAAUGUGUAGCUUAAAAUUAAAACCCACAAUUGUAAUGAAUAUAAAUAAAUAAUUAGGAAUAUGUUCGAUUGACUUUGUGUUGUAUAUUUGAUUGUUCACAUUUCUUUUAGACAGUUUCAGAUAUGAAAAUAAAACUUAAAGACUUCAUAACAAGUGAUUUUGUGAUUGAAUUAAUUAGAAAGAUGAGUUAAUUCAAAGAUAAAGAUUAUUAAGAGUGUGUGUCAUUUGCCAAAUAGUUAUUAAAUGACGUUUAUGGAUUUUAAUUGAAGUUUUAUUGAUUUAAAUUAUAAUUAUUAAUGGG